AUGCAAAAUGGCCCUUACACGUUCAAUAGUAGACCUAUGGUGUUAAAGGAUUGGGACCCAAAUUUCCAGAUGAAGGAUGAAUCUAUGAGAAUUGUUCCAAUUUGGAUCAAUCUACCUGGGCUACCGAUACAGUGCUGGGCUGAGGAAAACCUAGGCAGGAUUGCUAGCCUACUAGGCAAACCUAUUUGCACCGAUAGACUUACAGCAGAGUGUGAAAGGGUGGCAUAUGCUAGAGUACUUGUUGAUAUGGACAUUACACAACCAUUUCCUGAUGAGAUUUGUGUUGAGACACCAGAUAGAAGCUGGAUGCAGAGUGUUGAAUUUGAGUGGAAACCAAAAUUCUGCUUAGAGUGCAACAAAUUUGGACAUGGCACUGGAGAAUGUCAACAAGCAAAGCAGCAAGAGGAGGAACCAAUGCAGCAUAAGAGAAGAAGAAAGAAGAGAGUUAGAAAGGAAUGGAAACCUAAAGCAGCAACACAGGAAAACACUAGCACAAUAACCCUGCAGCAAGACAAUCACACAGAAGAACUAGUUGUGGAGAUUCAGGUGGAGAAUAGAGGCCAGCAGGUAGUGGUAAUACAAGGAGCUGCGGGUAAAAAACAUAAAGAGAUCAACUAUGAAGAGCUAGCGAGAAGAAAUACAUUUGCACCAUUGACAAUAUUGGAGAGGCCAUCUAAUGAGAGACAGCAGGGGCAAAACUCUAGCACUAAAGCAUUGGAUGGGCAGCAAGGGCAAACAUCUAGUACUAAAGCUAGCCAAAUAGUAAAUGAGGGUAGUACCAACCACCAUAAACCCCCAUGA